GCGGGGCCGGCGGCACCGCCCGGAGCCCGGCACCGGGGGAAGGGAGGGAGGGAAGGAGGCGGCAGCUCCCGCCCGCCCCGCGCCUCCCUCCGUGGCCGCCCCGCCGCGCCGGGGAUGCGGCAGCCGCUGGGCACCGCCGGGCCCCGGACCCCAUGGGAUGUCCCCGCCGUCGCCUGGGUGGUGUAGGAUUUUGGCAGAGCUGGCCAUGAUGUUAUGGUUCGUGGUGGGUGCUCUCUUCCCAGUGCUUCUGGCCGCUCCCCCGCCCAUCAACAAGCUCGCCCUCUUCCCGGACAAGAGCGCCUGGUGUGAGGCCAAGAACAUCACCCAGAUUGUGGGGCACAGUGGCUGCGAGUCCAAAUCCAUCCAGAACAGGGCCUGCCUGGGACAGUGUUUCAGCUACAGUGUCCCCAACACCUUCCCCCAGUCCACAGAGUCCCUGGUUCACUGCGACUCCUGCAUGCCAGCCCAGUCCAUGUGGGAAAUUGUGACACUGGACUGUCCGGGAAAUGAGGAGAUCCCCAGGGUGGACAAGCUGGUGGAGAAGAUCCUGCACUGCAGCUGCCAGGCAUGUGGGAAGGAGCCAAGCCACGAGGGAGCCCUGUUUAACGUCUACCUGAACGCUGAGGAGAAUAUGCCUGGCGAGGGUCCUGGCCCCCACCACUACACCCACCACCAGCAGGAGGUGGAGGAACCUCCUGCCUCCAGCCACCACCACCAUGAGGAGGAGGGCGAGGAGUGACCCGGCCUGUGCGGACUGUCCUGGCAGGGGGGUG